CCCAUCCCACUCUAGGCGGCCCGUCAAAGUUAGCCGAGACGCAGUGUGCCUGGGAGCAGUCUUCAUGCGCAGGGCCGCUUAUGGGAGAACGCGUGGCUGAUGACCCACACCCGGCCUUGUGAUUCCUCACCCCGGGCUCCAGAGGCAGGAUGAAGUAGAGGAGAUCUGUCUGUCUCUCUCUGUCUCUCUCUCUCUCUCUCUCUGAGGCUCUUUCUCGCUGCCUUUCUUCGUCUGUGAACAAUGGCUGGAUUUUAUAGCUGCCUGCGGGGGGAGAAUGGCAACAGCAUGGCAUCAGGACCUCCAGAUGUGACGGCCAGUCAGGAGACGGCAGAGACCCCGGAGGAGUGUCAAGGAAAGAAGAAGUCCAAAUUUCAGACAUUCAAGAACUUUUUUGUGAAGAAGAAGAGAAAAGAAGCUCCUGCCCCAACUGGGGAGAGCCCUCUGAAAUCCAGCCAAUCCAGCGACAAUGUUAACGGCCCCGAGGCCACGCCCACCCAGUCCCAUGCAGACCAGGACUCUGGUUCGAACGUUAACAUGGGGAACAAGGCCAUGUCACAUGACAGCGUCUUCGUCUCUGAUUCGCACUCGUCGGAAGCCAACGAGGGCCUGGCGUCCUCUCAGGACAGCCUUCACGGGAAGGUGAAGUCUCUGCAGAUGCAGCUGAAGCAGGCCAUCAGGCUGGGCUCUCCCCCAUCUCUGCUCUGUGGGAAGAAGGGGGACGACGCCGGGGCACUCUCCGAGGACGACGGCCUGCCCUGCAGCCCCCCCGACAUGUCCACCCUGCACACCGUCCUGACAGCCUCCACCCAGGGGAGAUCGAGUUCACUGAGCCUGGAGGGGUCUGACAGCGAGGACGAGCAGAUGUCCCUGGAGGCCUCGUCCAGACCGGUCAGUCCACUGGUCUCCCUCCCGCAGGACUUCAGUGAACCCGCCAACUUCACCGCCUGCCUGAACAACUCUGCCGCCCGGCACCGCAUCGCCGUCAAGCAGCGGGCCUGCGCCAAACGGAAGCCUGCCAGCAGGGAGACAGUCGACAGCAGCAAGGUGAAGAUUUUGAGUGGGAGAGUUCCUCUCAGAGUGGAGAAAGAGCCCUCGAGUGCAGUCAUAACGGAGCCGUCUGCAGAGGAGGAAAAUAAAGAUGUGGUGAUGACUGAGACAGACGGUGGCGGGGAAGAUUCUGAGGCUGAAGUUUCUGCCAAGGCCAGACCAGCUUCGGAGAGGAUGGAGGAGGAUUCAGCAGCUCCAGAAGAGCCUGCUGAGGCAGAGCACAAGGGCGAGGAUGGUUCCUCUUCCUCCUCUGAGGCUGAAUUGGACGGGGAGAAGUCUCUCCCAGCUGUAGAGCCUGCCCUGGACCCCGCAGACACGGAUUCUGAAGACGAGGUCCCGCCUGAGGAGACAGGCUCCCUGCUCCAGGAGGUUCUGAGCUCACUGGAGUGCCCUUUGACCUCCGCGUUCGUGCUGAAGCCAGAGGCCCAGGAGCUGCAGGUCAGCGAGGUCCAGGACGAAGGCUCGCCUGUUGACAACCCGCUGGACGAUCCCACAGACGAGCCUUCCUCCUCACCUGCUGAACAGCAGGAACACGAUGAGGAAGAGGAGGGUGUUCUCCCCCCUGGCAUCGACAUGAGCUGCGGCCUUGCUUCUCGUGAUGAAGACGAACAGCAGGCUGACGGAGAGGAGCGCGUGGAAUCGGACGAGGGUGAGGAUGAGGAGGCUGAAGAGGAAGAGGGCCCCGCUGAAGGUCUCUGUGUAAAAGAACCUGAGCUUCCUGCUGAUGAUCCAGAGGAAGCAGAAGAACAGGAACAAGCUGUGGAGGACGAGGUGAUGGAACAAGAGGAGGUGAUGGAACAAGAGGAGGUGAUGGCGCAGGAGGAGCAGGAGGCAGUGGUUGAGGUGGUGGAGGAGAAACAAGAAGCAGUUAUGGAGGAGGCUCUUGUUGAGGAGGUGGAGGAGGGAGAUGCAAUAAUGGAGGAAGCUCAUCUAGAGGAGGUGGAGGAGAAAGAGUUAGUAAUGGAGGAGGCAGUAGAGGAGGAAGUGGAGGAGGAAAAAGUGGUCAUGGAGGUGGAGAAAGAGGCAAUAGAGGAGGAUGAGGUGGUAAUCGAGAAGGAGGUAAUGCAGCAGCAGGAGGAAGAAGAGGAGGAGGAGGAGGAAACUGAGGUGAAAGAAGAGGUGGGGGGAGUAGUAGUGGGAGGGGAGUUGGCUCCAGAGGCCCCAGCAGACCCUGAGGGGGAGCCAGAAGAGGAUGAUGAUGAGGAAGGCGUAGAGGAUCUGAAAGUGGAGGUGGCUACAGAGAUCCAGGAGCCUGAAGACCCAGAGGAGAGUAUGGAGGCAGGGCCCGAACUUGACUCUGGAGAACUGGACUCCGGAGAGGACGAUGCCCAGGACAUUCUGUCAGAAAGUUGGUCUUACUCCCAUACAGGAAGCGUGGAAAGGUCAGAGAUCGUCACAGAGCUGUUUCCUGCAGAGUUCGGAGAGGACACCUCCCCACCCCAGCCAAUCGGGGUAGCCAUCUCCCCCUGCAGCGAGGAACCAAGCACACCAGCAGACCGCUCUAUCCGUAGUGCUGACAUCGCAGAGGAACUCAGCAGUGGCCCAAGCCCUCCCGAGGAUGAUGGGAAUGUGGCAGACUCUGCGGAGCCCAGUAAGGUCAGGUUCACCAUCGCGCCUGCCUGGCAGCGGUCCCUCUCGGGCGGCUCGCCCAAAGAGCCCUCGUUGCCCUCGCCCGUGAAGCCCGAGGCCUUCCAAGAGGCCCCCUCCGAAACGGCCCCUGAGCCAGAGGUCUCUCCCGCCCCGCCCCAGAGCCCCACGGCCCUCUCCUCCGUCAGACAGCCCCCUGCUCAGGACCCGGCCGGGGCUGAAAACCCGUUCGGGGUCAAGCUGAGGAAGACCACGGUCCUGCUCCGCUACGGUUCUGAAGGAUCCGGGGAUUCCCCCACGACCGGGACUCCUGCGGAGCUGGAGGAACCAAUCAGACGCCCCCAAUCCGGGGCCCCCAGCGCCAAGCCUGCCCUGCCGAAAAAGCCUGACCCGCUGGAAGACAGCAGUACUGCCAAGCUCAGGAAAACAUCAGACUCAGCUCUCAGUAGGGGGCCUGCAGAGCCGCCAAGCUCACCCAGCUGGAUCUCCGUCGCCAAGCAGAAGCAGAAGAGCUUCCAGGAGAACCCCAUCGAGGAGACGCCCGGCCGCAAAAGCUCCAUCGAGACGGAUGAAGCCAAUCUUUCAAGCUCACCUGUUACAGUGUCCUGUUCCCUGGAGAUCUCCAAGCCCGCGGCCGGGGAGAAGGAGGGCAAGAGGGCCCUGGCACACUCCCCUCCUGGGCAGGCAGGCCAGGCCGAGCCCCCCUGGCUGGCCCUGGCCAAAAAGAAGGCCAAGGCCUGGAGCGAGAUGCCCCAGAUCGUGCAGUGAACCUUCCCACAGGCCCCGCCCUCCCACCUCCCCCUGAACCUCCACAGGACUGUCCACUGUGCCCCUCUCCCCCACCUCCCUCUGAACCUCCACAGGACUGUCCACUGUGCCCCUCUCCCCCACCUCCCCCUGAACCUCCACAGGACUGUCCACUGUGCCCCUCUCCCCCACCUCCCCCUAAACCUCCACAGGACUGUCCACUGUGCCCCUCUCCCCCACCUCCCCCUGAACCCCCCACAGGACUCUCCACUGUGAUCCCCCCCACCCCACCUCCCCAAAACUCCCACUGUCCAACAUGAACACAUUUGCACAUAUAGAGUUUUUUGUUCUCUUUUUAAAUGUCUUAUUGUCUUAUUUACUCUAUACAGUAACGCUCAUACGCUUCUGCAUGAGACAGAAUGUGAACCCUGGUCCAUAGAGAGAUCGUGACUUAAAACGAUAUCAGCCAUUCAGAGUUAGCGCAGGGUUAGUGCAGCGUUAAUGCAGGGUUAACACAGCAUUAGCGCAGGGUUAGCGCAGGGUUAACACAGGGCUAGCGCAGGCCUAACGCAGGGUUAACACAGGGCUAGCGCAGGCCUAACGCAGGGUUACCACAGGUUUGUCGCAGGGCUAGCACAGAGUUAACACAGGGCUACGCAGGCCUAACGCAGGGUUAACACAGGUUUAUCGCAGGGCUAGCACAGGGUUAACGCAGGGCUAGCACAGGGUUAACACAGGUUUAUCGCAGGGCUAGCACAGGGUUAGCACAGGUUUAACGCAGGGCUAACGCAGGGUUACAGAGAUUGUUUUUAUUCCAGCCCAGGUGUCCGCUCCUCUGCAUGUGCGCAGACUGACAUUCCUCAGUUGCUGCCUUGAUCUUCAUUUUCAGGGAAAACUAUGCGCUACUGGAGGGCCCUUACUAUUUAUUAUUCUUUUUAUGAACUUUUUGUGUACUUUUUAUGUAUGUUUUUGUGUACUUUUUAUGUAUUUUGCGUUCUAUUUUUGUAUUUUGCCUCCCAAAGUGCAAACACAAUAAAUUUGUGACUUGUAUAUAAUACAUGCAGUAAAAAGAUGAAAAUAACUAAAUCUCUGUGUUUACUCUUUUAUCGUCCUUCUGGCUCUACAUCAUGCCAUGACAGUUUGUCCCAAAUAGAAAUAUGUUGUUAUAAAGAUGAUGCAAUUACUGCAAUUGCUACUAAACUAUUAAAUGUAUAAUGGUUUAUACUUCAAGCUAUGAUAAUGCUAUUAAAUAUUAAUACUAUGUAUUAUUAUUAUUAUUAUUAUUAUUAUUAUUAUUAUCAUCGUCAUUAUUAUUAUAUCAAAGUAAGGUUAUGAUAAUGCUUGCAUUUCGUAUAUGUGCAGCACUAGUCACCUGGGCAAAUGUUAUUUUUAUUUUCUUCUGCAGUUUGACAAGAACUGUGCAGAUGUAGCUGGAGGUCUGUGAUAAUAAAAAGUAAAAAAAGGCUUUGGAGGAUUUGUGGAAUUGUUCCCACUUUUAAAUGGAAUAUCUGAUCUACUGCCUGGAAAUUUAUUACAGAGAGCUAGCACAUGUAUUCUUCGGUAAAAACUUCAAUGGGACACAUCAUUUCUAAGAUUUAUUUUUUAAAAUCUGAGAAAGGCUGUAAAUUCUUAUAGAAAAGCGAAAUAACUGGGAAAUUUGUCAAAUUGAAUAAAAGCAGUGUCUCCACUGACCGUUUUUACAGUACUAAAUCAAACCACGUGCCAAGUUACUUGUAGUUUCUUCUUAGAAUUUGGUUCAUUGUUUCUUCAAACGGUGUUGUAUUUAAAGUUCAUAUUCUUUUCUUUUUUUUCACUGAAAGCAUGAGGACUUUGAGUCAAAAUAUUUGAAAAAUGCCAUCCAACAGUCUGUGUGGCUGGGAAAUUAACUGUAUUUUAAUAAACUUUGUACUCUUGAUAAACUA